AUGUAUUUACAGAAACGCAUAUACUUUGCUUCCUUUUCUAUCUAUCUAUCUAUCUAUCUAUCUAUCUAUCUAUCUAUCUAUCUCGCAGUUAGACAACAAAGAAACAGGCUUUUGGAUAGGAAAUUUCUCAUUUUCUCCCUUCCUCUUUCUUCCCUCUCUCUUUCUUCUUAUCUCUCCCUUUCUCACUCUCCUUUCUCCCUCUGUUCUCCACCACUCUUUUAUCCAUUUCCCCAUCUCUAUUUUCUUCUUAUCCCUCUCCUUCUUCUCUCUAUCUUCCCCUCUCUCACUUUUCAUCGAUCUUCUUUUAUCCCUUCUCCCUAUCUCUACAUUUCUCCUCAUCCCUCUCCUCUACCCUCUCUCUAUCUUCCUCUCUCUUACUUUUUAUCGACCUUCUUUUAUCCAUUCUCCCCAUCUCUAACUUUCUCCUCAUCCCUCUCCUCUAGCCUCUCUCUAUCUUCCCCUCUCUCACUUUUCAUCAAUCUUCUUUUAUCCCUUCUCCCCAUCUCUAACUUUCUCCUCAUCCCUCUCCUCUACUCUCUCUCUAUCUUCCUCUCUCUCACUUUUUAUCGACCUUCUUUUAUCCCUUCUCCCAAUCUCUACCUUUCUCCUCAUUCCUCUCCUCGAGCCUCUCUCUAUCUUCUCUCACUUUUUAUCGACCUUCUUUUAUCCCUUCUCCCCAUCUCUACCUUUCUCCUCAUCCCUCUCCUUCUACUCUCUCUCUAUCUUCCCCUCUCUCACUUUUUAUCGAUCUUUUAUCCCUUCUCCCCAUCUCUACCUUUCUCCUCAUCCCUCUCCUUCUAG